AUGGAACUUUGUUCAAUGGUUUACUAUCGAGAUUUUACUUGUGUUUCAAUGGAACAAAAACAAGGCGACGCCCCUACUGAAGGCAACAAUGUGGGAACAGAAUGUGUAAUGGACUAUAGUGAUCAAUUCACAACUUAUUCGAUAUUCAAUGGUAGAGGUGCAUUACUUAAAUGGGCUCGUGCACAAGGAAAAAUGAAUAAUAUUGUCAUUGCAAUUAAAAUGUUUGAUUAUGGAGGUGAGGGCAAGAGAAGACCUCAAGUAAUACUUGCUUGUGAGAGGAGCGGUAACUAUAAGUCUUGCAAGUCUAGUGAGACAACUGAUAUAAGGUCGGAUGCAAAUAGUGAUAUGAAAAAAUGUGCUAGGGACAUUGGUACCAAGAAAUGUGGAUGCUCAUUCUUGUUGAUAGGUGUCAAUAUUGGUGAUGGGGAUGAUCGGAAGUUGGAGGUGAUUUGUGGAGUACACAACCAUCCUAUUUCAAAGUAUCUUCAAGGUCAUUCAUUUGUGGGGCGACUUUCUAAAGAGGAAAAUGCCUUGUUGGUGGACAUGUCUAAGAGUUUGAUGAAACCCAAAGAUAUUUUGAUCACCCUGAAGGUAAGAGAUGCAACGAAUGUUUCAACUAUGAAGACAAUAUACAAUGCUAGGAUCCGAAAUAGAACCAAAGAAUUUGCUGGGAGAACCCAAAUGCAACAAUUCCUUAAUAAGUUAUCCGAACACAAUUAUAUUCCGUGGCAUAUGACAUCUGGUGAUAUUGUAACUAACUUGUUUUGGACACACCACAUUAAUAUUGAGAUUUUGCAUGCAUUUUCACAUGUACUUAUCAUGGAUUGCACCUAUAAGACCAAUAGGUAUUGUUUCCCACUAUUGCAAAUUGUGGGGGUGACAUCUACUAAUAUGACAUUCUCUGUUGCGUAUGUGUAUAUGAAUGCCGAGAAGGAAGACAAUUACACAUGGGCUUUGACUGCAUUGAGGAGUUUGUUGGAUGAUAAUUGUCUUCCUCGUGUUAUUGUCACCGAUCGAGAAUGGCAUAUUAACAAAGGAGUGUUGGCAAACUGCAAAAAGUUAUUUGGGACCCUCAAACAAUGGAAGCAAUUUAAUGAGGAUUUGAAUACUUUGGUUGGUUCAGAUACGAAGAAGGAAUAUUGGCGUUGUUUGCGACAGAUUGAGUCUAAGUUUAGUGAAUUUCAAAAAGCUCUUGAAUACAGACAUGACAAUUGGUUAAAUCCAUUUAAGGAUAGGUUUGUGGCCGCAUGGAUAGACACUUGUAUGCAUCUUGGAUCGACGACCUCAAAUAGGUUAGAAAUAGAUGGGGUGGAUGCUUUAUCAUGUGGUUAUGCUAUUCGUCGAACCCACCAAUUACCAUGUGCACAUGAAAUUACGGAGUAUAGAGAUCGUGGUGUACCAAUCCCACUUGAUGUCGUACAUUCACAUUUGAGGAAAUUAGAUCUCAUCAAUAUAGGAAACAAUAGUUAUGGCACAACUUCACCAGGAAGGUCACAAUUACAAAGAUUCAAUAUGUGGUAUGAACAACAAGAUAAUGAAAAGAAGAGACAAGUCCACAUGACACUGAAGGAGCUAAUGAACCCUGGUUCUACUGCGCUUGCUGAACCGAAAGAGAAGUUGAAGACCAAAGGGAGACCAUGA